AUGGUUAUGCUGAUCCAUAAGAUCAUCGACCUUGGCUAUGCUAAAGAGCUCGACCAGAGCAGCCUCUGCACGUCUUUCGUUGGAACCCUACAGUACCUGGCUCCAGAGCUGCUGGAGCAGAAGUCUUACACAGUCACAGUGGACUACUGGAGCUUUGGGACGUUGGUGUUUGGGUGCAUCACAGGAUUCCGCCCUUUCCUGCCUACUUGGCAGCCUGUGCCUUGCAGGUUCCUAGCGAGUAAGCUAGAGUGCUGGCUGCAGCUGAUGCUGAGGUGGAGGCCUGAGGCCAGGGGCCGGGAGAUCCAUGUCAAGACGGGGCGCAAAGAGGUCCAGGAGGGGGGCUCCCACAGUGGAAGCACCUACUGCUUCAAUCAGCUGGAUCUUAUCCUAGAGCUCAAGCUGGUCCAUGUUCUGAACAUGAUCACUGCUGAGAUGCUGACCUACCCCAUGGAGCCCAGUGAGAUGGUGUCCUCCCUGCAGCAGAGGAUCUACAGGGACACCAGGAUCCACCCAGACAACCAGGAGCUGCUGCUGGAGGCCGGCCUGGCCCUGGAGCCCCACAACGAGGCCGCGCAGUACGCCGUGGACUACAGCACGAUAGAUGGCUCGAGGAGUGAGGUGCCCUUGGUGUUUCUCUUUGACCGGUCCAUCUGCAACUAUGCACCUCAAUUCAGCCCUCGACAAUUACCUGACAACAUACGCCUCGUGCAAAAAGAGCCGAAGCGGGUGCUGCAGUUUGUCCCUCUGAGGCGAACGUAUGGUCAAGCCUGGCACACCAUUCGCACCCUCAAGGAGGACUGGCAAAGACUGCAGCAGGGACAGAAAGCUGCCAUUAUGAGUCUGUUGCGGCACAACGGCACCCUGUCCAAGCAGAAGAAUGAGAUGGUGUCCAUGCAUCAGCGGCUGAGGGCCACUCUGGAGUUCUUCAACGCCAGCCUGCACAUAGACAUAGACAAGUACAAGGAGCAGAGGGUCAGCGGCAUAGCUUCAGAAAAACUCCUCUGCGUGUGGAGGGACAUGGAGCAGACAGCACUCAACUGCGGCCAGACUGAGGAAGUAACAAAGCUAGAGGAGGAAAUGAUGGCACUUCAAACAGACAUUGUAGACCUGCAGAGGCAGCCAUGGAGGAGUGGAGAAGCGUUAGAGUCCCUGGAGGUGAAGGCCAUGGAUCUAUUCAGACGACUUCGAGAGAGGCCACGAGAUCAGCGUUGCCCUGGCGACUGCCAGGAGGUGGUGAAGCUGGUCGUUCAGGCCAUACAGUUCUACGAGAAGAAACUCAGAGACUUCUACUCACACCUGAGUAAGACGGUGCUGUGUAGGCAGCGUGUGAUGGAGUUGUUGCCGCGGGUGGAGGGGGUGGUGCAGCACAUGGCCCAGUGUGAGCAAGAGCUGCUCCAACUGCAGGAGAAGAGACAGAGGGAGCUGUGGGAACUACUCAAGGUGGCCUGUAGUAAAGUGCGCAGUCCUGUCAGUGGUAGUCCUGAUGGAGCUCGGACACCCUUGGCCCCCCCUCUACUCCCACACAGACCCCCGCUCCCCAGCAGCCUCACCACGCUACCCCAGCCUGAGGAGUCUCUUGUCAUGAUUGAGGAGAGCAGGACGUUUGAGAGUCGCCUGCAGAGUCUGUUGCAGGAGGCCAUUCAGGAAACAGAACAGGACCUGCAGAUGAUGAGGGAAUGGGAGUGGCUGAAAGAUGACAAUCCCCAUACUCUCUGAUUCAGAUUGUGUGUGAGAAAGAUAUAAGGAGAAUGUACUGACCCCAACAAUCCAUGGAUCUGUAGUGCCACCUUGUGGAGACAGAGCACCAGUGUGGCUGCUGCCCCCUGUAGGCCACUGGUGGAAGUGCUGCUCCUGCACCUCACCUCUCCACACUCAAACCCCUUUUACUUUGUUUUCAUUUUUAAAAUGUGUGUUUGGCCAUCUCAUCAUAAGUGGACAGUGCUUAAUACAAAUGUAAACAAGGACCAAAGUUAAAGUUGACUGAUAUUCAGCAGACUCUUUUAUCCAAAGCGACACACACUUGCAGUGGCGGGUUUGGGAAUCAAACCACCCCAGCCGCGAAGGACCAAGACACACUGUGAUUCAAUCACUCAAACCACUUGCCCAGGUGAUCUGAGACGCAUUUGAUUAUGUACAUUUUGUUGUAUGAACACAUUCUGAUGCAUCCCAAAAAUGGAACUUCUUAUGGAUGUGAGGUAGGCAACUCCAUAAAUCUGAACAGAAGUGGUCAUUAACAUGUCCGGAUGUACACCUUGGAAAAUGCCCUUUAAAGGGAAAAAGGACUUCCUGGAUCACUGUAAAAGUGGGGAUUUAGGCGAGAAUAAUUGCUGAUGUUUCAGCACAUCUGUCCAUAGAACAGGACUGUGUGUACAAAGUAAUUUUUUUAGGAAAUGAUUUAAAUGCAGCCAGUGGACCAUAAGAAGCAAUUCAAUGUUAUUUUAUUCCUGUAAGUGGCGAAAAGAGUAAUGCAUUCAAAUCUGGACCACUAUCAUAUAAUGAUGUGUUUUAUGUUUUCUUUAAAUGUAUGUGUCUCUGUGAGGCUUAAAUAGUUUAUUUCUUUUACAAUAUAUAAAGGAUUAUAGGGGAUUUAAAUUUAAGAAAUGGAUGGACGUUUUGAUAUGUAUUUUGGCUGUUCCAUUUUCAUGUUUUAUAUCUUCCUCUUUGGAUAUAUUAUUGGAAAACAACUCAGGUGUCUGUGGGCUGUUAAACGAUUGUGAUGUGUCUGUUAUAUAAAAUAAUUAUGAUUAUG